UGCUGCUCCGUACACGCCGCUCCUGCCAGUGGAGAAGCAGGCGAAUGCACUGAUGGCUCGUAUUUCUGUUGACUUUCACAUUAUGUUGUUGGCUGUCGCGGUUUGUCUCCCACCUCCUGGCCUUUCGCCAUCCCUCCGGCCGUUUGUAUGAUCGGACUGACUGAAGGUUGAUGCCCGGACUGUGAGAGCACCCCGCUGGAACAGAGCACCCCGCUGGUGAAGUCGCUUUAAAAACCUCCAUCUCUGCCCGACCAAGAGCCCACUGGAGCUGUCUGCCUGCUCGACUAUGACCCUGACCUCCUGAAGUUUAAAGAAGAACAAAUUUGUCAUCCCUCUUAAAGCCAUCUUGAUUCCCCAAUGGGUUCCCGCAGUCAAAGCUUCUUCCACCACCAUCACCACCAUCACCACCAUCGUAGCUCCAUGCUGCCUGCUACGGUGCCAAGGCUGCUGCCUGAAAGCGGCAGCCUACUGGGGGGUAUUGCACAAAUCACCCCCAACCUCUUCCUCAGCAGAGGGAACGUGGCGUCCAACCGCAGCCUGCUGCUGUCCAAAGGCAUCACCUGCGUCGUCAACGCCACCAUCGAGCUCCCAAACUUCAACUGGCCCCACAUGGAGUACGUGAAGGUCCCUCUUGCGGACAUGCCCCACUCCCCCAUCUCCCUGUACUUCGACAGUGUGGCCGAUAAGAUCCACAGUGUGGGACGGAAGCGAGGGGCAGUGCUGGUGCACUGUGCUGCUGGAGUGAGCCGCUCAGCCUCUCUGUGUCUGGCGUACCUCAUGAAGUAUCACCGUGUGUCUCUGGCGGAGGCACACGCCUGGGUGAAAGCCCGCCGCCCGGUCAUCAGGCCGAAUGGAGGCUUCUGGCGCCAGCUGAUCGAGUAUGAGAGGAAGCUGUUUGGAAAGAACUCUGUAAAGAUGGUGCAGACGCCAUACGGAGUCAUACCUGAUGUUUAUGACAGGGACCGCAGGAGUCUGGCUCCGUACUGGGGCCUGUGAGAGAGAAAACAUCCACAACGAGGGAUCGUAAUGUGAAGAGGAGCCCUCUUGCCCUUCUGGACUGCAGGUUCAUAUGUGUUCAGAACAGGCAACGUGUGAGUGUACGUGUGUGAAGCUUAUUUAAUGGUGCGUUUGGACAGAGCGAGGCACUGGGAUCACUGGUUGUAGAUGUUUUUCCAACCAGGUACCUCCAUGUACUGUUUAAGUGGGAGCAAGGCAACUCCAAGCCCCAGAAUCCUUCAGUGUAGGGGAUGAAUAGGGACCACAGUGAUGUCAGACACCAAACAAGAGGGUGGAAGUCGCUGCUGUCUAUUUCCUGUUCUGUCUUUCCAUUCCCAGUGGAGGACAGGUGCUCUGUGAAGGUGCCAGCUGUGAGACUCUGCAGCUCUGACUGAGAUGUGACUGAAGUCCUUUUCCUGACGUGGUGUCAUGUGGUGGUUUUUGUGAAAGUUUUGCAGUAGAUUUUAGUGUGAAAGGGCAGCAGCAUGCUCUCAAUUUAUGGUAGCAUUUCAGAUAAGUGUACAGAAAAAAAUAUAUAAGACAAAUUAUUUUAUUGGGAUAGGCGGGAAAAUGUUUAUGGGACAGAUUAACUUAAAAGAUGUUAGUAUAUAAACCUUUUUAAAGGUGAAACUGUAUAAGCUGUAAACAAAGUCAAGGUUAAGGAAAGUUCCUGUGUACCACAGGGUUGACUGCUCCAUCCUGUGACUACACUAUGUUAUUGUAGUGAUAUUUGAUGCUGUAUUAAAAUAUCUGCU